CUUUCUAGUUGUGAAGGCAGCUUUUUCGUAACGAAAACAUGUUACCAGUAUGAUAAUGAGAAUAAAAUACCAAAUGUUGUUUUCUGAGCAAUAUAGAAACUAUAUCGCUAUAUAAAAGUCAACUGAAAAAAAAUUAUCCGAUCGACUCCGAGAGGAAUGAGAGGUACCGUGGAAGUCUUGACUCAUCUCAGUGAAAGUCGCGAGGUCACAAGGACUGAGACCACAGAGGAGUGUCCAGAAAGUCCGUCUCCAGCUGGGAAAGACCGCAGAGAAAACAACUGUCAAAUGUGGAAGGAGAGCGUGGAUAAAAUGAGUUAUGAUGAUAAACCCAGCAUCGACAGCCACGCCCUUUAUCAUGUUCUCCACCUCUCCUGUGAAGACACUGUGUGUCAUAUGACGUGUUGCGAGGGUGCAGCAGGCUUCGCCAGUCUCCACAGUAGCGGUCACGUGCAGUUCUAUCAUCCUGAUGGCCAUCUAAGGGACCUAACGUUUUACCCAUCCCUAACCAUUCAUUAUGCUGGCAUCACCUCUACCCGGCUCUCAGGCAGACUGGUUGCCUGGGGGCCUGGGGCCAUUCUCACCCUGGUAGAUACAGAAUUGAAACCCCUUGUUCAUGCUGUGGAGCCCAUGGAUGUGAGGGUUUGCAAGGUUUUAGAGAAUUCUAAUGAGCUAGUAACAGCUGGAAUGGGAAAUGUGUGUGUGUGGUGCCUAACACACCUACUGUGUCGCAUACGAGUGGUGGAGGGUUUGGGGAAACACAUUGUUCCUAUACAACUUGCACUGGUACCUAGCAGGGCUCAUCAGGGCCCCAGAGUACUUGCUGCAUACGGAGGAUCUGUGGUUGUGGUGGAUCUUACAGAUGGAUGCGUUACGGAGCACAAGAAGAACCUCCAUUUACGGGAAAUCACAGGGUUGGUUUACUGUCCCAUCAGGGAGAUUGUAGGUACUGCAUCAGAUACAACAAUCAGAGUGUGGGGACCAGACUGGGAGCUUCAAAUGGCCUUUGUGGGACACACAGCUCUUAUCACCUCUCUAGUUCUGUGUCCUGUCUCUGGCUUGUUAUUUUCAUCUUCUCUUGAUGGUACAUUGAGAAGCUGGAGGCUCGAAGUUGGAGACCAGCUCCAGACUGUAUCUAUUCCAAAUGGAUAUGCAUCUCCCCUAGCCAUGGGUGGCCCAGACAGUGCUGGCAUGUUCUUCUCAUACUCCACUAACAGUGUGGACUUCUGGACCUUCAACUGCCUCUACAAUCUGCACUGCAGUCUGGGAGGGGCCCUGGGAGGUCCCCUCCACCAAAUCUUUGCCCCACCAAAUUCCUCUUCCUUUCCAGCUUUUGUACUUUGUAUCCAUGGAAACAGUAGUGUCACAGUUGUUGUGGCACAGACAGGCGCAGUACUCACAAGAUUCAAAGCAAAGCGAAGAGUGAGGUCUGCUGAUUAUUGUGUGCCUAAAGAGAUUUUAUUAGUCCUCACUGAAGAUGGGGUGGUAACUAUUGCUAGUACAUUGACCAAUCCAGUAACAAUACUGGAUAAGUGGGAUGGGAUAGAGAAAUGGGAAUGGAAAAAUGGGAAAGUGGAGGCAAAUAUAGGCACGGUAUCCUGUAUGGUGUUAUACAAUCACAUUACAGAUACACAAAGUGCACAGGAAGAAUGGAGAACAAUGCAAAUGCAAAGACCACAGUGGCCAAAAAAGAUUAAACUUCUACAUGAUGUUAAAAAUAGGUUUCUGGUUAUACUGGGACAUCGUGGUGGUUGUGUGUCUGUGCUAAAUUUGUGUUCAGGAAAAGUCCAGUACAGAACCCCUGCUCACAACAAUCAAGACAUCACCAGCAUACAGGCAUAUCAUGACAGUGGCUACCUACUUACUGCAGGCAAAGAUGAAGCUGUGUUGGUGUGGCGAGUGUUCCCAUCUGCUCAGCACUGUUUAAGUCUCCAUUUCAGUGUUUUUUGUGAUCUGCCUCCUCUUUUGAUGUGUCUGAUGGGAACCCGACUAACACUCGCCUUACAAGAACCUGAAAAUUAUACCUAUAGCCUGGUGCAAUACAGCUUAGAGAAGCAGAGCCGAUAUGACCAACCUUUCAAAGAAGACCCUCAUAUCAAUAUCACAGGGCUUUGUGCAUGUCCUCAGCUGAGUGUGUUUGCUCUGAGCAGCCAAAAUGGGACCAUACAGCUCUGGGAUAAAGAAAAUCACCUUCUCAGAAUUCUUGAGCUGAAUGCAGAGCCUGAGUGUUUGGCGUACUGUGAAGAGAGUGGAGGCCUUCUAUUAGGAAUCACUGGGGACCUCUACAGAAUCCCCUGCACACAACUACUGCCUCAGGACAGCAGGCUACAAAAAUGUAAAAAAGACUCUGAACUGCCCAAACCCUGGACCCCAAACAAGAGCAACAAAUGCAGGGCAGAGAGUUGUGAAGGUGCUGAAAAGGACAUUCCUGAAAGGCUUGAGAGAAAAAAAGAUCCAGACAUUGGGGCACUGAUGGCAAAACCUAAAGAUCUGGAAUCCCUGCGGAAAGGAGAGGUUGAGUGCAGAAGGAGAAAAACAGCCACCAUCCAAACGAAACAAGAGGCUUUCAAGCAAUACAUGCGUCAAAUUUAUAGGCAACCCCCUGAUAUAAAAAUUCCAGAGGAAGACAUGUUUGAUGUGUAUGCUGAACUAUUUCCACCUCAACUUCCUGAGCUUCCUCCCCUGACCCCCCCUUCAUUCACAGAGGGCUUCUUCCCCAACCACAGCUUAGCCAAGAGACCACAUUCCACUAACAAACAGGUCUCACUAGGUUUCAUCCCCAACUCUGUGGUGGUAGGACAACUAUGGCCUGAUAUCAAGGUGGAGAAUGUCAUACCAACAAAACGUUGGAGAUUACGGCAUGACAUAGGAGAGAGCAAACCAGAUGACAUGCUGCUCUUGUAUAAUGAAGAGGAGGAGGAGGAGGAGGAGGAGGAAGAGCCUAACAUGCAAAAUCUUACACCCAUCAUAGAGACUCCCCUUGAGAAGGAGAGUCCUGUUCCACCUGCACCAGUGUCAGAGAAAGUCAUAUACCCUUUUAGGGCACCAAAACCUCUUCCCCCCAUAAAGCGUCCUACUCCACCUCUGGCUCCUCCCUCUCCUGCAUCAGCUUAUCCCACUCCUGCCCCACCCUUGCCCACUCCCUUGCCCCCUCAAUCCCCCUCCGAACAUCUACCAGAGUUCCUCCUGCCGUUUGUGGAUGAGCUGUGGUUUCAGAAGAUCUUUCCUGAUUUGAGUAGUAUUUCAAGAUCUCUAACCCCCAAGGAAUUUUGUAUGCACUUGUUGGACUUCUUGACCUGUUGCAGCACGGCUCAGAAGCACAGCAUCCUGAAUGCAUUACUCGUGCUCGUACAGCAGGAGGUGCUAGACAAAGAAUCACUAAGCAAAGGAUUGCUGGUUUGCCUGCAAAACAGCAUUCACAAAAAUAUGUCACGGGAGGAACAGCAUUUGGUUAGUGAUCUGUUGAAUUUGAUGCUGUAUCUGAGUUCUGACAGCUUUGAUACCGUUGUGGAGCUACUCGUCAUAUUAGCAGAUAAAGAAGUUGACCUACAGGGUUUAGUUCUGUGUCUGUUGCAGCAGUUGGGUGUGGAUGAAGCUGAACUGUGGAUAUGUCCAGAAUUAGAGCCCUGGAACUUGCUGACAAAGAAUCAGCCUGACCAGCACCACCACAGCCUUCGGGACAAGGCCUUCCAUUGGUUGCUUACCUGGACCAGAAAGUACAAGGUGCACAGUGGGUCAGAAUUCCUACAAGGUGAAAGAAUAAAAAGUGUCAUCACUCCUGUGGAGGUGCUCAAUUUCUUUUGCUCUGUGCAAAGAGGCAAACAAGCUCGACCAGCACCACCUCCACCAGAGGGCAGGAAAGACACUGUCUUGGUGCCUUCUAGCUUGAACAGACUGAAGCCUAUACAACGCCUAGGAGAGACAUACAGUAUGUAUAGGACACGGGAGCCUCAAGGACUUUUGAUGCCACUAUUACCAUAUCAGCCACUGUUGAUGGGUUUUACACGGUUCCUCUCUCUACCAAUGGCUCAUGUCACACUUUCUUCAUUCCCCCUUUCCUUGGAUUAUCGCAACUUCAGAAACCCCCCACCACACAGAUACUUCUUCCUGGAACGCUCUUAUGUACAGUUUUACAGAUAAGACCCAAUUAUUUAUUAAAAAACUUAGCACGUCGAAAUCUUUAAAAGAUUACUUACAAGACUUAAUGAUGCAUCAAAUGACACAAAUCUGUGUACAUUUCUCAAUCACCGCAUCACUCAAACACAAUAAACUUUUCAUUUGUGUGGUCAGCAAUGCAUUGUAGUCAACUUUGUUUCUAAAGUGAAUGUCCAGAAACCAAUCUUUUAUAAUCUUGAAGCUUUUCAGUAUAUUAACCCAAACAAUUUGAGCUUUGCAACAUAUUGGUUUGUGUUAACAUGAAUGGACAGAGAAUGCUUGAAAAGCAAUCAGUCUCCAUUGCAACACUUGUUAACUGGUAGGAACACAGUUGCAGUGACCUACACCCCAUAUUGCACAUUGUAUAAGUGCUUUUGUAUCUUGAGCACAUAAAUGACAGAUGACAUACCUUGGAUUUUAAACAGUAUGUAAAACACAUUGAGCCGGAAAUCAUAUGAACAUAUUACAGAUAUAUAAUUAGAAUGGAAAUGCCUUAAUGACCCAGAUGAACAAGACUUUUUCACCUUUUGAGAGAUUUAAAUGAAAAUUAAGUGCAAAGUUUUUUAUAUAUACGUAUAUUGUUGACCUAUCAAUUCCAGAUAAAUAUAUUAACAAUCGGCAUUGCAGAAUUACAGCUGGGCCAAGAAGUUAAUUAUUUUCCUACCAAAUGACAAAUACAGGACACUUUCAUUUUUUAGAUUCACAAAAUGUCGAGAAGCUCUCCUAUUAUAUAUGACUGCAGCUAAGAUUGUCUGUGCUUUUCUGUUCAGUGUGCAUUACACAUUAUCUUACAAGUGACAAAUAAUUUCGUGUAGAAUAGUAGUGAAUCACUUAAAAUACUUCUCUAC